UAGAGCAACAGAGAAGAAGAGAACGAAUACACACACAGAGAGAGAGAGAGAGAGAGGGAGAGCUGUAUUCGUGUGUAGGACUGAAGGAUUGGACGUAGAGCAUGUUUGAAUAUGGAUGUACGUGUGCUUCAAAAGAUGACCGGGUAGAAAAUGUUGAAGUGUGUAUGUGAAAAGAUGCACAUACAGACUCGUCAGACACACCCUGAAGAUUAUUAUUGAAGAACACCAGGAGUGAGGGAUUCCCCUCGAGAGAGAAAGAGAGAGAGAGAGAGAGAGAGAGAGAGAGAGAGCAAGAGAGAGGAAAAGGGAAAGACAAGGAUGAAGUACCGCCGCAGGGAGGUUGGUGUAGAGGGUGGAGUACGGUUAAUGAUGGAGAGCGCUCUGUCAGCCAGAGACCGGGUCGGCGUUCAAGAUUUCUUGCUCUUGGAGAACCCCAACAGUGAAGCCGCUUUCAUUGAAAACCUGCGCCGGCGGUACAGAGAGGGUCUCAUUUAUACAUACAUUGGGUCGGUGCUGGUGUCAGUGAAUCCUUACCGGGAGCUGGAGAUUUACUCUAAACAGAACAUGGAGCGCCACAGAGGAGUGAACUUCUAUGAGAUUUCACCUCACAUCUUUGCCCUGGCGGAUAAUUCCUACCGUGCGCUGCGGACUGAGAGAAGAGAUCAGUGUAUUUUAAUUUCUGGAGAGAGUGGUGCUGGAAAGACUGAGGCCUCCAAAAAAAUACUUCAGUACUACACACACAUCUGUCCCACUCGCAACAACACACACACUAUCAGAGAAAGACUGCUGCAGUCCAAUCCAGUUCUGGAGGCUUUUGGGAAUGCUAAAACUCUCCGCAAUGACAACUCCAGUCGCUUUGGAAAAUAUAUGGACAUUCAGUUUGACUAUAAGGGGGCUCCAAUCGGAGGUCACAUUCUCAAUUACUUAUUGGAGAAAUCCCGUGUGGCCCAUCAGAACCAUGGCGAGAGAAACUUUCACAUCUUCUAUCAGCUGCUGGAGGGAGGAGAGGACCUGCUUUUGAAAAGACUUGGUUUGGACAAAACCAACCCACAACAUUAUCAUUACCUCAUUAAGGGUAAUUGUCCACGUGUGAGCUCUAUCAGUGAUAAAAAUGGAUGGAAAGUUGUGAGAAAUGCUCUCACCAUCAUUGGUUUUGAAGAGGAGGAGAUACAGGCUCUAAUGGAGAUCGUGGCCAGUGUUUUACAUCUGGGGAACACACAGUUCGGAGAGGAUGAGGAGGGAGAGACUCACGUCACCACUGAAGCUCAACUGCAGUUUCUGUCCCAGCUGCUGGGUGUGGACGGAUCAGUCCUGAAAGCAGCUCUUACUCACAAGAAAAUAGUUGCCAAAGGGGAGGAGAUGAUCAGUCCUUUGAGUUUAGAACAGGCUCUCUCUGCUCGGGACUCUUUUGCCAAAGCCAUAUAUGGUCGUGCCUUUACCUGGCUUGUCCAAAAGUUGAACCAAUCACUGGCCUUUAAGGAUGAGGUUUACUACUCCAGUAAAUGUUCUUCUGUUAUUGGUUUGCUGGACAUAUAUGGAUUUGAGGUCUUCCAACACAACAGUUUUGAGCAGUUCUGCAUUAAUUACUGCAAUGAAAAACUGCAGCAGCUCUUUAUUGAGCUCACACUGAAAAGUGAACAGGAGGAGUAUGAGGCCGAGGGUGUUGUGUGGGAGAGAGUGGAGUAUUUCAACAACAAAAUCAUCUGUGACCUGGUGGAGGAGAAACAUAAAGGCAUCAUCGCUAUUCUGGAUGAGGAGUGUUUAAGACGAGGGGAUGCCAGUGACAUCACCUUCCUGGAGAAGCUGGAGGACACGUUGGGUGGACACGCUCAUUUUAUCACUCAUAAAAUGGCCAAUGGGAAGAUCCGCAAGGCAAUUGGUCGGGAGGAGUUUAGACUGGUACAUUAUGCUGGAGAGGUCAACUACAACGUCAAUGGGUUUCUGGACAAAAACAAUGACCUGCUAUACAGGCACUUGAAGGAGGUGCUGUGUCAGUCCAGCAAUCACAUUGUGAGUCAAUGUUUCCAUGCUGAUGAGCUGAUGGACCAGAGAAGACCUGAAACGGCUGCCACUCAGUUCAAGCUCAGUUUAGCUAAACUGAUGGACAUUCUGAUGUCUAAGGAACCAUCAUAUGUGCGCUGUAUAAAACCCAAUGAUGGUAAACAGCCAGGUAGGUUUGAUGAGGUUUUGGUCAGGCAUCAGGUGAAGUAUUUGGGUUUGAUGGAGAAUCUAAGAGUAAGGAGAGCUGGAUUUGCAUACAGACGAAGCUAUGAGGCGUUCUUGGAGAGGUAUAAAUCUUUGUGUCCGGACACUUGGCCAAACUGGCAUGGGAAUCUCCCUGAGGGGGUCGCCACACUGGUCAAACACCUCAACUACAAACCUGAAGAAUUCAAACUGGGCAGGUCUAAAAUCUUCAUCCGCUUCCCAAAGACUCUGUUUAUUACUGAAGAUGCACUUGAGGCCCAGAAGCAAACUAUCGCCGUCACUUUGCAGAAAUCUUGGCGAGGCUACAGAGAGAGAGCCAAUUACCACCGGAUCCGGCAUGCAGUAAUUGUCAUCCAGUCAUGGUGGAGAGGUGUCAAAGGCCGCAGGAAAGCCAAGCACCGUAGACAAGCUGCUGACACUAUUCGCAACUUCAUCAAAGGCUUCAUCCUGCGCAAUGAGCCUCGAUGCCCUGAUAAUGAGUAUUUCCUGGAUCAUGUGCGAUUCUCCUUCUUGAUGAAAGUCAAACGGAACUUGCCAAAAAGUGUGCUUGACAAGAGUUGGCCAAAACCACCACCCUCACUGACAGAGGCAUCUGAGCACAUUCACAGAAUAUGCAUCCGCAACCUGGUCAAUGACUACUGCAGAAGAAUCCAGCCAGAGUGGAGAAAGCAGCUGGAACAGAAAGUUGUAGCCAGCGGGAUCUUUAAAGGGCAGAAGGACGGCUACUCUCGAAGUGUGCCCAAACUCUUUGUGGCCACCAGGCUAGAAGCUGAAGAGAUUAAUCUCAAAGUGCUGCAAACUCUUGGGAGUGAUAACAAGGUGAAGUAUGGUAUAGCGGUCACCAAGUACGAUCGGCAUGGUUUUCGCCCACGUGUGCGUCAGCUGCUAUUGACCACUUCAUCUGCUGUGCUGGUCCAGGAAGCAAAAAUCAAACAACGUAUCGACUAUGGCGCAUUGCUGGGUAUCUCUGUUAGUUCCCUCAGUGAUGGAUUUUUUAUUCUGCAUAUUCCCACUGCUGACAGUAAGCAGAAGGGUGACCUGGUGCUGCAGUGUAAUCAUGUGAUUGAGGCUGUCACCAAGCUGGCUAUCAUGGCAGACAAAAUACACAAUGUCAACAUCAGCCAGGACAGUGUCAGGUUUGCGAUAGCAAGGGGAAAGGAGGGAGUGAUCGAUUUCACCAGUGGUUCAGACCUCCGAGUGGUCAAGUCCAAGAACGGGCACCUGUCUGUGACCACUCCACGGAUUUCAUGAAUCAUUGACAGCUCACCGGCAGUGGAAGGAUCAUUUUACAGGAGUGCUUUAGCCAAUCACUACACAGAGCCAGACUACACUUUUUAUGAUUUAUUUCACUCCGAAGCACAUUUUAGCAAUUGUAUAUGAACAUACAUUUGUAAUCACUUUUUUGAAUACCAAAUUCAGACAUUUUAAUGAAGGUUUUGUGGAUUCUUUGAUGGGUGAAUUUUAUAUUUUCUCUCAUCUAAACAAAUUAUUCUUUUGCUAUUUUAGUUGUUCAUGAUUCAAGCUUUACUUUGCAGUUAUACUACAGAAUAUUUGUGAAAAUUCUAGACUAGAUAAUCUUUUACAUGUUUAACAACAGUAACAGAUGUUCUUUACAGAUAACACCACUACCUAUCAACACAGACUUUUUAGACUCUUAUUAUUGGUGAAUAAAAUGAAAAAAGCAAUGGCUUAUGAA